AUUUAUAUAUGCUUAUGUAAUACAUUGAUGGAGGAGAAUUAUGGUUACAAAUUCAUAAUUUUGGAGCAAGAGCAUUUCCUUUAUGUAUUUAUUAUAUUACAGAAAUUCUCAAAGGUAAUUAAACCAAUUUUAUUAAGCUAUAAAUUCAAUUCAUAAAUAAGGGAUAGUUCAUAGAGAUAUAAAAAGUGAAAACAUAUUAUUAACUUAAGAUAAAAAAAUAAAAUUUAUAGAUUUUGGAACUGCAAAAGAUAUGAAUGAUCUAACCAUAGAAGGAAGUGGAAAUGGUAGAAAAGGUAAUCAAAAAUUAAUUAUAUUUAUAGGUAAAUAAAUUUUUAAACAUUUUGUUGGUACUCCACAAUUCAUGGCUCCUGAAUGUAUAAGAGAUAAGAUUCUAAUAAAAAAUCAGAUAUAUAUUCUUUGGGAGUGCUAUUUUAUGAUAUAGUUUUUGGAAAGUAUCCAUUUGAUGGAAAGAGUGAUUAUUUGGUGUUUUAAUAAGCAUUAGAGACAGAAUUAAAAUUACCUGAUGAUGGGUGGAUAGACAAUUAAUAGUUUAGAAGUCUCAUCAAAAAGAUGAUGCAAAAAGAUCCUUAGGAUAGACCAAGUCUAAUUGAAAUUAUGGAGGAUUAAUUAUGAGGUGAUAAUUUUAAUUGGAAUAUUCAAUAAGGUAUAAUUAUUGUUUUUAAUAAGACUAUUAGUCCAUAUU